AUGUCAUGUAUCCUGUGGGCGAUGGUAUUCCCCAGCUCCUCACUGGGUAGCCGGAACCACAGGAUACAGAGCUUGGAUGCCUUGUUGCAAAUGUCUGAUCUGGCUGUCAAGGACGGUGGAGCAGUGUGGUUAAUCAUGUCUGACGAGCCGGGGAAAGGAGGGACAGAUUCAGUGGUGGAGUCGGAAGUGCGCCGGGAAUUCCGCUUACGUGCCGGCGUAGCGGGUCGUGAAGGAGGUGUGCUGGGGCAUGACGAGGCCGGUGGAGGCGAAUCUGAUGCCAGGGAGAACCCGCCCAGCUUAAUCCCUAAAGGCUGGGGCAGAGCUGUGAUUGAAAUGAAUGAGGUUCCUCACCAGAUCCCUUUGACUGUGGCUAAAAUUGGAGAUGAUGUUACUCUGACCUGUACAUUUUUGAGUGAGGAUGCAGGGUUGUCUUACUGGUAUAAGCUGAAUUUUGGAUAUAUGCUUGAAACUGUUGUUAUAGGAGCUUUUGGCAAACUAUCACUUAAGGGACAAUUUUACAACUCAAGAUUCAGUGCCACAAAAGUAGGUAAUGUGAAUUCUCUUACUAUAAGAAAUAUAAGUAAAGAAGAUGAAGCAACAUAUCUCUGUCAAGCAGGAUCGGCAUACGUAAUGGAAUUCAUCACUGGCACAGUUUUGGUAGUGAAUGAAAAAACUCAGCAGAAAUCUGUCACCGUGAAGCAAAUUCCAGAUUUAGAGAUGGUCCCGCUGGGUGACACAAUGACUCUGCAGUGUUCACUGCUCUACAAGAACAAAAAUAACACAGAGUGUCUGAGUGGAAACAAAGUGCACUGGUUUAGAGCUCGAUCCGAAUCCUAUCCAGACACCAUUUACCACGGCAGUAUCAGAAACACAGAGGAAGGGAAAUGUGUCUACAGUCUGUCCAAAAGUAUAACUACCUCAUCUGAUGCUGGGACGUACUACUGUGCUGUGGUCACAUGUGGAGAGAUCCUGUUUGGUGAAGGAACUAAAGUGGCGAUAAUUUCAGGACAAAAAUGGGACCUGGUUGUCAUUGUGCUUGGGAUGCUGUUGGCUCUCUGUGUGAUUGUGAUCGCAAUCCUUAUUUUAUCAAGAGACUGA